GUUGGGCCGGUUCCCUGCCCUGACAAGGCUACUGGGAAUGAUCAAACUAUCUGCAUAUUCACGUCGUGCGACUGAAGGACAACAGCGGAAUGGCUAUUUCAGUCAAUUUCAACCAUGGCGUCGCAGAUGGCACCACCGUUAUGACAUUCCUCAACCGCUGGGCGGAUGAGACACGUGCGCUAGUAACUGGUAUACCCGUGGCGGAAACAACAUUCUGCUUUGGUGCCGAUAUACUCAGGAGGCACCUGCCGAGUGAGCGUGCACCCCUCAGUGAAGUGUCCAGCAAAGUUCAUUCAGCAAAAUCCCGCGUGGCAGAUUUCAUAAUGUGGCUCUCGAUUAGCAAGCGCGCAAGGCUGAUGAACUAUUUGAUAAACUCUGCUUCACCGCGCGGACAUCUAUUUCGGAUUUCGCGUAUCCAAGAUUGAUGGGCUCCGCAGCCAAGUACUCGAGCAUCUGCCACAUGGGACACGCCUGUCAACUAACGAUAUCAUUUCGGCAGUUGCACAUAAGGGUCCACGAACAGGCUGUGAUAAGGAAGAGUCAGUGGAUGGCUGACAAAAGCUAACUAAUCGGAAGGAAUGGAGCUGCAGGUGAACACUGU